GGCGGGACGGGUGCGAUGGCGGCGGAGGCUCUAACGGGGGUGGCGGACGUGGAGAUCGAUGGUGACGGGGUCUUUAAGUACGUGCUGCUGCGGGUGCGUGCGGCCGGCGGGACCGGCAAGGAUGUUGUGCGUGGCCACGGCUGGGCUGAGUACCACGCCGACAUCUAUGAGCGCACGGCGCAGGAGCUGGCACAGCGGGGCUUGGACUGCGAGUGCCUGGGGGGCGGACGCCUCGCUCACCGCCCCGAGGAGAGGAAGAUCCACGUCUAUGGGUACUCGGUGGGCUUUGGACGAGCGGACCACUCCGUGACUACAGAGAAGCUGAAAGCCAAGUACCCGGACUACGAGAUCACCUGGGCAGAUGAAGGCUACUGACAGGCUCUGGCUGGCCAGUGGCACCAGCCUGGAGCUGGUGCAGCCAGAUCCAGCACUGGGGUGGUGGUGGUGGCUGGCUCCCCACCCUCAGAAGCACUCCAGGCUCUCCUGGUUUCCCUUUGUGUUGAACGUGCCUGUUCUCCACCAUCAUCAGACUUCCCCCCACACCCCGCGGGUGCUCCCCUCCUCCCCAGCACAGCACAGCAAAGCCUUGGUGAAGCUGAUGGGUGCUCUGCCCUGGCCUGCCUGCUGGGUUUAUCCCACAUGUGUAUGUGAGAAUAAAACACGUUAGGGA